AUGCCUCGAUCUGGAACUUUAAAGCAGCGUGAACGAGCCAACCGUGACAACAUUUUUGUGCGCCGUGACAUCAUCACAUAGGAGCCGCGGUUUAUACGAUUGAGUAGCAACAUGGGAGUGACUUGUAAUCUUCUGUAGUCUUCUGGCGAUUCAGCAAUUUCCGUGACUUUACCGAUACGGCACUUCCCGAACAGAAGAUGGCACCCGUGUGCUCCGAUGGCCCUGAAUCUGCACCAAGGUUGUGUCUCAGGUACCUCUAGCAGAAGGAAAAAGCGUACAGCAAACUGUAGAGAUCCUGACCCGCAAACUUGAGCAACUAGGGGCAGAAAAGCAAGGAACGUUCUAUGUGGACUGUGAGACGUACCACACAGCAGGAGCCAGCAUGGGGACACCAGGUCAGGCUGGGAAGCUCCUUUAUGUUAUGCACAAUUCAGAGUACCCUCUCAGUACAUUUGCACUGUUUGAAAAUGGCCCAUGUCUAGUUGCUGACCUAAACCUGGAUGUGCUAAUGGUAAAGCUAAAGGGAUUCUUCCAGAAUGCGAAAGCCAACAAGAUGGAAACACGUGGCACACGUUACCAAUACUGUGACUUCUUAGUUAAGAUUGGUACAGUAACCGUGGGACAGAGUGGUCGUGGAAUAACUGUAGAGGUUGAUUACUGUCCAUGUGCUGUGCCAGGAGAUUGUUGGAACUUGAUGAUGGAAUUCAUGCAGAGCUUUAUGGGCAGCCAUGCACCUUCUGUUCCUCCAGUCUUCAGUGCAAAACAUGAUCCUCUAUACACUCCAGCAGACACCAUGGUACAAUACAUGGAGCUCCUUAAUAAGAUCCGCAAGCAACAAGUCACUGUAGCUGGGAUGAGGUGAUGUUCAGAUGUAUCUCAUCUCCAUAGUUAUAAGUACUUUCAUUGUUCUGAACCAUUUAACUGUAUUCGUUAACUCUAAAAGCAACCAUUAAGGAAAAUGUUUAAAAUCUUGUUUAAUUAGUCUGUUUCAGAAAACCUUGGAAUAUGUUCUGUCAUUUUAUGAUUUAAACGUUUACGCACAGAAAUUUCUCAAAAUCAUAUAAGUACAGUGAAAUAGUAUACUUUAUAUCUACUGAGAUAUUCACUAAAUACUUGCAAAUGAUCCCUAACUUCAGUAUAAGUUCAUGGAAUGCCCAAUUAGUGUUUUGACAUGUAAAGCAAGUAUAUGAUUGGAGGUCCUGUGAUGUUUUGGAACCAAGCAAUGCAAGCUUUCAACUGAGGUCUACGUAUCACUGCCAUCUUGGAUGAUCUUUUCUCUCUCUGAGACAGAGGGGCUUCAGAUUUUUUUCCCCUUCUUCUGGAUCCACCUACAAUUAGGCAAGUUUCAUUUAGGCAUAAAACUUGAUGGACAUUUGUUAACUAAUAAUAACUAUGUUGUUAUGUCACUGCUUUGCGUGCAUCAGACACUGCAUAUGCCAAACAUGGGAAGCAGAGAAAAAUGGAUAGGGGCAUGUUAACUGUUGCUGUCUUCUAUUGGAUUACAGCAGAAGUCAAAGUUGUGAUUAAUGGCUGUGAUUAAUUGUGUGCAAUUGUGAUUAAAUGUGAUGUCAGUUCAAAAUGUAAUAUUUCUUAUAACUUUUUUGUACCUUGCUAUGAACUGAAUGAUAUAAAAACAUCCUUGUCUUUUGGGCAUAUGAAUACCUUAAUGUAGCCAGUUUUGUUCUCCAGUUAUGCCCAAAUUAUAAUCAUCUUAAUCUCUUGAAUGAUGGGUGGUGGUUUACAGUUAACAUAUGAAUCACCCUUGAAACUAACAUAAUUCAUUGCAAGUUCAUCACUGACCAUGCAGUAUUGUAAUGGUUACAAAAAAUAAACAUAUUGGGAAAAUUAA